AUGCAUUUAAUGAUUUUAGUAAGCGAAUUCUCGCAAAAUUGGUCUCUUCACGGAGGCCCUCGCUGGGAUCAAGGAUAUGACUUCAUGCGCGAUGAAGUACACCAUUUUCGAAUCAAGUCUGAUUUGAAUGUGCCAGUCGGCGAGGUAUGUAUUGUGGCUUUAUCUUCUAGAGCGAACGACGCCUCGUUAUCGUCAGCCAGGCCUAGA